AUGUCCGCUCACGCGGGACUCGACUCCUACUCUCCGGAGUAUCUGGCAGAAGACGACAGCCAGAGACUCAUUGACGCAAGUAUUUCUGUCAUAGUCGUUAUAACGAUAGUACUUGCCAUUUUCUUGAUUUCUCGGCUGUUCUGUGCGGAGCGCAAUCACUGGGAGGUUUGGAUUUUAUAUCCCUUAAAUUACCUUCUCUGCCUGGGACUUUGCAUCAAUGGAAUCUUGUUUGUUGAGGUCGGAGGUGCAGGCCGCCAUAUGGUCUACUGGCUGAUCAAUGAUCCGUCGGUCAUCGUGCCGUUUCUCAAGAUCCAAACGUCAGGCGACUUUGUGUAUAUGGCCGGUGUGACCUUCCCCAAGGUGGCGGUCUUGAUCCUGUAUCUCAGGGUCUUUGUCGACCGCAAGGUCCGCAUCGUAACCUGGAUCGUCAUCGGGGUGGUUUUGACCAACUGGGUCGCCAUUGGUAUCAUCGCUGCCUUGGUAACUUGCCAACCAUUCGCUUUCAAAUGGGACAAGACAAUCCAAGGUGGCCACUGUGCAGAUCUAUUGGCCGCCUAUAAAUAUGUCAGUGUUCCAAACAUCCUCACUGAUCUGGCUAUUGCUAUUCUGCCUCUGUCCACUCUCUAUCAUCUGCAGAUGAGUCGAACCCGGAAGAUUGGAGUCUCCUUGACGUUCAUGGCCGGAAGUCUGUAA